CAACGUAUCCAAAUUAAUUUUUAAUUGACAUCACUGUAAAAUAAAAUAGCUAUUUUUCGCGCAGUGAAUUGCGUCUUUCGCAGAGUGAUCGAAUGAAUCAAUAAUUGAAUGCAAAGUUUAAGUAGAGCUUAAACAACCUUCGAAGCACGAUUAAGCGAGAUAAUUGAGAUAAUUAGAGUGAACCAAGAGACUAAUACAGAGGGAAAUACAGGACUAUGACGCAGAAAUCGGAGAGCUCGAUACCUGGUUUCGAGAACUUUCCUGGAAGGGAAGUGAAAUUCAAAACGCCGUACAGUUUCUUUGAGGCGCGAAGGAAAAUAGACGGUGCGGAGGGUUUGUGGAGGAUUCGGAACAAUUUGUACGACUUGGAAGGUUUCGCAAAAUUUCACCCAGGAGGAGAGGAAUGGAUUCAUCUUACCAAGGGUACCGAUAUUACCGAAAUUUUCGAGUCGUAUCAUUUGACCGACAAGGCUGCGAAACUUCUUCCAAAAUACUUCGUAAGAGAGGCAGUUUCGCCGCGAAAGCUGCCAUUAACGUUUGAACCGAACGGUUUCUUUUCUACGUUUCAAAGACGCGCUUUGGAAGCACUGAAGCACGUGGAUUUCCAUCGGCCGUCGAAGAAAUCGAAUUUAAUCGCUGAUCUUCUCGUCACUGCUACCGUUUCGUUCAGUCUCGCAGCAGCUUACACGCAGUCUCACUUAAUCAUCGUGCUUGCUGGACUCUUCCUCACCUGGACCACGAUAAUCGGUCACAAUUACUUUCACAUGAGGGACACUUUUCGAAUGUAUUACUUCGACUUGAGUUUAAUGUCGUCGAAGGAUUGGCGAAUAAGUCACGCACUGAGUCAUCACAUUUACCCCAAUACUCUUUGGGACUAUGAGAUUUACUCGCUCGAGCCUUUUCUCCUUUGGCUACCGGAUCCUAAGAAAUCGUGGUUGUUGGGCGUCGUUAGCCAAUUGGCAAGUCCACUGAUUUGGGCCCUGGGAUUUUACGAGCAAGCGAUCAAAAGAUACUACUCGGUGUUUUUCGAAUAUAAAAAAUUCGAAUUUCGAGACUUUGUACCGUUUCUUUUACCUAUAUCCAUGUCCCUUUUCGCACCGAGUAUCUUAGUGGCUGUGAAACUGUGGCUGUUGAUUAUACUAACAGGCAGCUUUUUAUUCUUCAUGGUCGGUGUCAACGCAGCUCAUCAUCAUCCCGAUAUCUUUCACGAUGGCGACAUAUACAGAGAUGACUACGACUGGGGUGUACUAGAGUUGGAUGCCGUGAGAGAACGGCCGGUGAUCGAUGACUCUGACUUUCUGGUAUUGACCAAUUUCGGAUUGCACGGUCUUCAUCAUCUUCUACCAACGGUGGAUCACUGUUACUUGCAUCUGUGCGAGAAAGCUUUCAAGGAAACUUGCAAGGAAUUUGGAAUCAGUACUGAAAAGUUUAGCCAGUGGGAGCUCGUGAAGGGACAGUUUAAACAGAUUCUACGUAAAGAGCAGAAGAGAAAUCUUAGAUAGACGAAUAGAGUGACAGACUCUUUAUACUUACACAAAAAUAAAAAGCAGUUACGCUCUGCGAACCAACGAGUUGAAGAAACGGUUGUGUUGUAAAAAUUGUAUGUGCAGGAUCAACGACGAGAUAUAUAAAAAGUAACAAACAAUUGUGGUUGGUUCUUAAUUUUAUUUAUUGCUUAUUUAUUUUAAUAAAUACAUACUUCGGCUCUCUUUAUAAAUUACAAUUAAGUUUUAUAGUAUAGGAUUAUCAUUUCGUUGACACAUGUAUAUAAUAAUGCGCGCUGCCGUUCAAAUCUGUGAAAUCUAUCUUUCGUUUUCGUUUGUUCUCUCAAGUUUCUCUCAAGCAACGUGUGAAUUUCUGCUGUUUUUUUUUUUUUUUCCUUUUUGUUUUUGCCUCUUCUCGUCGCGUUCCGUUUCUGUAGUUUUUGUGUUGUGUAUUCGUGUUGUAUUCGUAUCGAUUCGUCCGCUUGAAUACGCGCGUAUGCCAGUGUGUUUGCACGUUGCUUUUCUUUUCUGCCACAGUGUUGUCGUAACCGUAGGACGUUUGUUUGAAAUUUCUCGAGUUGGCUCGCUGGCUCUCGUCUAUUAUUCGUUUCGACCGCUCGCACCCACUUCCUUUCUCUCGUAUUCUCUCUUAUACUCUCCCACUCUCACUCUUUCACAAUCACUUUCCUCGACCGUCAGCGCGAGUGGUGAAGACUACACAUCGUUCUCCCCCGCAUCUAUUCUUUACACGUAUAUCGCCGAUUUACCAAU